UCAUCGUUCAUUGGAACACCAACACGAACAGAAACAUGAAACCCAGCCACUCAAUCGUCAUAUUCAAGCUUCUUCUCUUCCACUAUCUAUCCGCCGUUUGCCAUUCUCAGGAUUUCGAUUUCUUCUACUUUGUUCAGCAGUGGCCAGGAGCAUAUUGCGAUACAAAGCGAAGCUGCUGCUAUCCCAAGACAGGAAGGCCUGCAGCAGAUUUUGGCAUUCAUGGACUUUGGCCCAAUUUCCAAGAUGGCACCUACCCAUCCAGCUGCGAUCCAGACAGCGUUUUCGACCCAACUCACAUCUCAGAAGUAGCAAGCAACAUGGCGAAGCAGUGGCCAUCACUGAGCUGCCCAAGCAGCAACGGCCUGAGAUUUUGGUCACACGAAUGGGAGAAACAUGGGACUUGCUCCCAAUCAGAACUGGACCAGAAAGAAUAUUUCGAAGCAGCCAUGAAGCUGAAGCAGAAGGCGAAGCUACUCAAACUUCUGAAUGGGGCAGGAAUUGAACCAAACGACGAGUUCUACAGCUUGGAAAGUAUCAGAAACGCCAUUGAAGAGGGCCUUGGAUUUACUCCUGGGAUUCAGUGUAACAGAGAUUCCGCUGGCAACCCUCAACUUUACCAGAUUUAUUUGUGUGUGGACACUUCUGCCUCUGAGUUCAUCAAAUGUCCCGUUCUUCCCAAGGCCAAAUGUGCUUCCACUAUCCAAUUCCCCAAGUUUUAGAUUCAACAGAUUAAUUCUCAAUAGGUCUGAUUGGUAAUAAAUUCUGUCUUUCUGUUGGGGACACAGAAA